AAAACCCUUUCAUUCACCCCACUCACAGUCACUCAUCUUCUCCGUUCUCAAUUGUUUUCCGAUAAAAAAAAAGGAAGGAUCUCCAUUAAUGGAGUCUCUUGUUCUAAAGCUCCAUGAGAUAGAAGCAGUGAAAUUCGGAAACUUCAAACUCAAAUCAGGAAUCUAUUCACCAAUCUACAUAGAUUUACGUCUAAUCGUUUCCUAUCCAUCUCUACUAUCUGAAAUCUCAAACCUUUUGAUCUCAUCACUUUCAUCAACAACUAGCUAUGAACUUGUUUGUGGUGUACCUUACACUGCUUUACCAAUCGCUACUUGUGUCUCGCUCUCUGAGAAUAUUCCAAUGGUUAUGCGUAGGAAAGAAAUCAAAGAUUAUGGUACUUCAAAAGCUAUUGAAGGUUCAUUCAAACAAAAUCAAUCUUGUUUGAUUAUUGAAGAUUUAGUAACCAGUGGUACUUCUGUAUUGGAAACUGCUGCUCCACUUAGGGCUGUUGGUUUAAAAGUAACUGAUGCUGUUGUUUUGAUUAAUCGUGAACAAGGUGGAAAAGAGAAUCUUGAAAAGAAUGGGAUUCGUUUGCAUUCAAUGAUUAAUUUAACUGACAUGGUUGAGAUUUUGAAGAAGCAUGGAAAAGUAUCCGAGGAAACUCAAAAUGAGGUUAAGAAGUUUUUGGCUGAGAAUAGCAUGGUUUCUGUUCCUGCAAUUAAAGAUGUUUCUGAAAAAGUUAGGGUUAGGGUUUCUUAUCUAGAGAGAGCUAAGAUGGCCAAGAAUCCAACUGGGAAGAAACUUUUUGAAAUUAUGGCUUCUAAAGAAAGUAAUUUGUGUUUGGCUGCUGAUGUUUCUACUGCUGCUGAGUUGCUCUCCAUCGCUGAAAAGGUUGGUCCAGAGAUCUGUUUGCUGAAAACCCAUGUGGAUAUAUUGCCUGAUUUUACACCAGACUUCGGUUCUCAGCUUCGCGCGAUUGCAGACAAAUACAAUUUCAUGAUAUUUGAAGAUCGUAAGUUUGCCGACAUUGGAAACACAGUAACCAUGCAAUAUGAAGGAGGUGUUUAUCGCAUACUGGACUGGGCCGAUAUAAUCAACGCACACAUAAUCUCAGGACCUGGUAUUGUGGAUGGCCUUAAAUUGAAGGGUUUACCCCGUGGUAGGGGACUGCUGCUGCUUGCAGAAAUGAGCUCUGCUGGUAACCUUGCUACUGGGGAAUACACAGCUGCAGCUGCAAAAAUUGCUGAAGAUCACCCAGAUUUUGUUAUUGGUUUUAUCUCAGUUAAUCCAGCUUCGUGGAAAGCGGGGCCAGGAAAUCCAGCAUUGAUUCAUGCCACUCCUGGAGUCCAAAUGGUCAGUGGAAGCGAUUCCCUGGGUCAGCGAUACAACACUCCUCAUUCGGUCAUCUAUGACAGGGGCAGUGAUAUGAUCAUUGUUGGUCGCGGGAUUAUAAAGGCAGCAAAUCCUGCUGAGGUUGCUCGAGAAUAUCGUCUUCAAGGAUGGAAUGCUUACAAGGCAAGAUGCGAAUAAAGCUGCAUCAUAUUCCCUCGGCCAACUAGAAUUUUUUUUUCUUUGCAUCAGAGUUGGUUUCACCAUUCCUAAAUCUAGGAUCUAAAUGGGUGCCACAUAUUCCUAGAUCUUCAUGACUAUCCUCCUCUACUUUUUCAUAUCAAGUACCAUUCUUGGCAAAAUGAUUUACCUAUCCAGUCCAUAGUGUUGUUAUUUCAAGUUCCAAAAGCUAGUUCUUUUUUUUUUUUCUUUUAUUACUGUUACGGAGAAAGCUGACUUGGGGUCUUCUGGGGGAACUGCUCAGUAUUUUUUCCCCUCGUCUCUUCUCUCCGAACUCAUGGAAACACAAAUUCUUAAGUUAUACACUAUUUUCAAUUUUCAUAGUUCA